AUGGACCAGGAGAGCAGCGUGGGCGGCGGGCACCUGCAGGAGGAAGCUCCGGCGGGGGCGGCCAUGGCGAAGGAAGGAGGCAGGAAGACGAGGAGGGGCAAGCAGCAGAGGAGGGAAGGAGGAGGGGGAGGGGGAGGGGCGAGGAAGAGGAGGCAGCAGCAGCAGCAGCAGGAGUACCGGCUGGUGAGCUACGAGGAGCUGCCGGAGUACAUGAAGGAGAACGAGUUCAUCCUCAACCACUACCGCUCCGAGUGGCCGCUGCUGCACGCCUUCCUCAGCGUCUUCUCCUGGCACAACGAGACCAUCAACAUCUGGACGCACCUCCUCGGCUUCUUCCUCUUCCUCGGCCUCACCCUCUGGCACCUCGCCCAGUACUUCCCCCAGGUCGCCCACCUCAUCGGCCACCUCUCCUGGCCCAUCUCCAAGGUCGCAGAGAACGUCUCCAGCAACAUAGGCGAUGUCCUCUCCGGGGCGGCGUCGUUCAUGCAGGCGAGCCCGGGGCUGGCGAUGGCGGCGGCGGCGGGGGCGGGGCCGACGACGCGGUGGCCCUUCUUCGUGUUCCUGGCGGGGGCCAUGUUCUGCCUGAUGAGCAGCUGCGCGUGCCACCUGCUGUCCUGCCACUCGCACCGCCUCAACCUCUUCCUCAUCCGCCUCGACUACACCGGCAUCGCCGUCAUGAUCGUCGUCUCCUUCUUCCCGCCCAUCUACUACAUCUUCCAGUGCGAGCCGCGCUGGCAGCUCGCCUACCUCUCCGCCAUCUCGCUCGCCGGCGCCGCCACCGUCUACGCCCUCAUGUCGCCGCGCCUCAGCGACGCCAAGUACCGCGCCCACCGCGCGCUGCUCUUCGUCGGGAUGGGCCUGUCGGGCGUCGUGCCGGCCGUGCACGCCGCCGCGGUGAACUGGCACGAGCCGCGCCGGAACGUCACGCUGGCGUACGAGGGCGCCAUGGCCGCCUCCUACCUCGUCGGCACCGCCUUCUACCUCACCCGCGUGCCGGAGCGGUGGAGGCCCGGGAUGUUUGAUCUGUGCGGGCAGAGCCACCAGAUCUUCCACCUGCUUGUCAUCGCCGGCGCGCUCGCGCACUACGGCGCCGCCAUCGUCUUCCUCAGGGUCCGCGACGAGAUGGGCUGCCCGGCCAACUGA